GUUCCGCCCAGAAGGGAAAUGACGCCGGCGCAGAAAAUGGCGUCCGCAAAGCCUGUGUACUGCUGUGGUUUGCUACCCGUUUAAUUCAGAGCCGAGUGGGGGGGUCUCUCCGUCUGGGCAGAUGGACGAUAGAAAUAUGGCAGUGCACCGCUGCCGUCCGCUUUCUUGAGCCCGGAAUCGAACCCGCAACUUCAUGUCCGAAGGAGCCAGAGCUGCCUGGUCGAAGAGGGGUUGUGGGGAUUCGCACCGCCGAGAACCAGGGAAGCAUAAACACAGGAAAUGCGAGCGGCCCCUUAGCGCUCAGCCGUCAAAGCCUGUGAUUGUUCGCCCGGGCUCCAAAAGGUGUGUUAUGUCGGGGGCGGAUGUGGAGGUGUACCUGUCCCAGGUGCACGAUGGGAGUGUGUCGUCGGGCUUCCGGGCGCUGUACGAGGAGCGUCUGCUGCUGGAUGUCACGCUGUUGAUAGAGGAGCACCACUUCCAGGCCCACAAGGCGCUUCUGGCCACCCAGAGCGACUACUUCCGGGUCAUGUUCACAGCAGACAUGAGGGAGAGGGACCAGGACAAGAUCCACAUGAAGGGGCUGACAGCUGCUGGGUUCGGUCACAUCCUCCGGUUCAUGUACUACGGCUCGCUGGAGCUCAGCAUGCCCACUGUCCAAGAAAUCCUGCAGGCGGCCAUGUACGUCCAGCUGACGGAGGCGGUGGAGUUCUGCUGCUCCUUCCUGCUGGCCAAGAUCUGCCUGGAGAACUGUGCCGAGGUCAUGCGCCUACUGGAGGACUUCAGCGUGGGCGUGGAGGGCGUCCAGGAGCAGCUCGACAACUUCCUACUCGACAACUUUGUCCCCCUCAUGAGCCGACCCGACUUCCUGUCCUACCUCAGCCUCGAGAGACUGCAGGCGUACCUGAACAGCGAUGCUCUGAGUCGCUUCCCUGAAAUCGAGCUGUAUGAAGCUGUUCAGGCGUGGCUGCGGCACGACCGGCGGCGCUGGAGGCACACGGACACCAUCGUGCAGUCCAUCCGCUUCUGUCUCAUGACGCCAGCCAACAUCUUUGAGAAGGUGAAGACGUCAGAGUUUUACCGUUACUCCAGACAGCUGAGGCAGGAGGUGGACCAGGCGCUCAGCUACUUCCAUGAUGUCAACCAGCAACCUCUGGUGGAGACACGCUCCAACCGCAUCCGCUCCGUCCGCCCACAGACCGCCGUCUUCAGGGGGAUGAUCGGUCACAGUAUGGUCAACAGCAAGAUCCUGCUGCUGCAGCGCCCAAAGGUGUCUGCUCGUUUUUCUGCCCCGGAGGACAAACAUCAUCUACGCUCCAGGGUGUGGUGGGAGCUGGAGGGACCUCAGGUGCCGUUACGACCCGACUGCCUGGCUAUUGUCAACAACUUUGCCUUCCUGCUGGGCGGAGAGGAGCUGGGGCCCGACGGAGAGUUUCACGCCUCCUCCAAAGUCUACCGCUACGACCCUCGACAGAACUCCUGGCUACGCAUGGCUGACAUGUCUGUUCCCAGGUCAGAGUUUGCCGUGGGCGUCAUCGGCAAGUUUAUUUAUGCCGUGGCGGGCCGCACGCGGGACGAGACCUUCUACUCCACGGAGCGCUACGACAUCACAGAGGACCGCUGGGAGUUCGUGGACCCGUACCCCGUAAACAAGUACGGUCACGAGGGAACGGUCCUUAAUGGUAAACUGUACAUCACCGGUGGCAUCACCUCCUCCUCCACCUCCAAACAGGUGUGUGUGUUCGAUCCGGGGCGGGAGGCGGGAGGCGGGGGAGGAGGAGGGAGCUCGGGGGGCUCGGACGCACACAGGACACGCGCCGGCCGAGGCCCGCUGCUGCCCGGCACUCACGCCAGCUGCUGGGAGAACAAAUCCAAAAUGAACUACGCCCGUUGCUUCCACAAGAUGAUCUCUCACAACGGGAAGCUGUACGUGUUCGGAGGGGUGUGCGUGAUCCUGCGGGCGUCCUUCGAGUCGCAGGGCUGCCCGUCCACCGAGGUGUACGACCCAGAGACUGACGAGUGGACCAUCCUCGCCUCCAUGCCCAUUGGGCGCAGCGGCCACGGGGUGGCGGUGUUGGACAGGCAGAUCAUGGUGCUGGGCGGCCUGUGUUACAACGGCCACUACAGUGACUCCAUCCUCACCUUCGACCCCGACGAAAACAAGUGGAAGGAGGACGAGUAUCCCAGGAUGCCUUGCAAACUGGACGGUCUGCAGGUGUGCAGUCUGCAUUUCCCAGAGUAUGUGCUAGAGCACGUCAGACGCUGCAGCUGAGGUCUGCUCCACAACAAGCCUCCUUUUAUAGAAAUGGAAAUGCACUGUUCAAGGACUGAAGUCUCCCACUGGGAGAUCAGGUGUUUACAGGUGGGAGACUCUACUGACGCGCAGGCUUUUAAACUAGAGACCAGCACUUACCUAAGGUA